CCCAGCUCAGUCAGUAGCAGCUAGGCAGGCACUGUGAAAACGAUAAGGUUCGGACCAGCCAAGCCGGCAGCCACAGCCUCUCCCUCUCCCUCCCCAGCGCCGGAGCUCGUCUCCUCUCCUCGCCGGCGCCACCGCCCCCAUGCUCCUCCCAGUGCGCGGCCUCCCGGCCGCCCCUCAUCGCCCGCUCACCCACCCACACAGCUCCCCCGCGCCGCCGCCCUCCCUCCUCGGUGCCCGGCGCCGCCGUCCGUCCCGGAGGCUCUCCAAGGUCGUGUCCUACUACGGCCUCACCACUCCGCCGUACAAAACCGACGCCCUGGAGCCGUACAUGAGCAGGCGGGCGGUGGAGCUGCACUGGGGCAAGCACCAGCAGGAGUACGUGGACGGGCUCAACAGGCAGCUCGCCAUCAGCCCGCUCUACGGCCACACCCUCGAGGACCUCAUCAAGGAGGCCUACAACAACGGCAACCCGCUGCCCGAGUACAACGACGCGGCCGAGGUCUGGAACCAUCACUUCUUCUGGGAAUCGAUGCAGCCGGAAGGCGGCGGCUCGCCCGAGGCGGGCGUGCUGCAGCAGAUCGAGAAGGAUUUCGGCUCCUUUUUUAAUUUCAGGGAGGAGUUCAUGCGCUCGGCGUUGUCAUUGUUGGGGUCUGGUUGGGUUUGGCUUGUCUUGAAGAGAAGCGAGAGGAAGCUCGAGGUGGUUCACACCCGAAAUGCUAUCAACCCACUUGCUUUUGGGGAUAUUCCAAUCAUCAGCCUAGACUUGUGGGAGCAUGCUUACUACUUAGAUUACAAGGAUGACAGGCGAACAUAUGUGUCAAACUUUCUGGAUCACCUUGUGUCUUGGCAUACUGUCACUCUACGCAUGAUGCGCGCGGAGGCUUUUGUUAACCUUGGUGAACCAACUAUCCCAGUGGCAUGAGAUGAUACGGAUAUGACCUGGAGUUGUCUCUGAAUAUGUCGAUCUCAUGAGGGAUGCCAAGGAAAAUCCUGAACCACAUCCUACUGGAUGAGACGGAGAGUUUGCGGGGGGUAGCGUGAUGUAACCACGUCACGCGAUGCACGGUGAACAAGGAAGCUCUGCCCGAAGAUAAGACAGCUGGGGUUUCGUCGUUGUCCUCGUCCGUCGCUAUGGGGAAGUGACCUCACAUUUCAAGUUAUUAUGCAGUAAAAGCAGGCAUGGACGCUUCAGAGCAAGGGGACUUGACUUCAGAGUACGCGCUAUCGAUCUAGCUUGUGCUUAAAGCCACGGAACUUUAUGUCUUCAGAACAAUAUCCCAUAGUGCUGUUAGAACAGCCCCUGGUUUUCCACGAUCGUAGGCAUAGCUUCAUCAUUUGUUGUAACAGAAUUCAGCCAUUGUGGACCGAGGCACAUGCCCCCAUGAAUGUUUGCCUUGCUCAAACAUAUUCUUCUUUUUCAUCAA